GUGAACAUUCACUCUUUUUACCUGCCUUCAGUGACCCAACAACAGAAAUCACAACAAGAACAAAGCUGAUAACAUGUCGUGGAAUGUGUUCCUGUUCUCGUUCAGCCUGUUUCUUGCAGCCACGAUGGUCCGCGGAUCCCCGGAUGAACCUGCAAGAAAGAGUUAUAUUGUGUACAUGGGAGAUGUGCCGGAAGCAAGUAUAAACGCAGCAGACGAACACCAGAGCCUCCUUGUCAAUGCCAUCGGGGACGCACACGUAGCAAGAAGCUCCAUAAUUCACAGCUACAGGAAGAGCUUCAACGGAUUCGCAGCGAGGCUCUUGCCCCAUGAAGUACACAGGCUGAUGGAGGAUGAGAGAGUCAUUUCAGUGUUUCCGAACAAGAGGCGGCAGCUUCACACCACGAAAUCAUGGGAUUUCCUAGGAAUGCCAUUGUCGUUGCAGAACAAGAACUUGAAGAUGCAGAACGAUAUAAUCAUUGGCAUUCUUGAUACAGGGAUCUAUGCCAGAGCUCCCAGUUUCAACGAUCAUGGCUAUGGACCUGCGCCGGCGAAAUGGAAAGGAACAUGUGCUAAGGGCUUUAACUUCUCUGGCUGCAACAACAAGGUCAUUGGAGCAAAGUACUUCAACCUGGAUGAUAUGGCUCAUGACAUGGAAUUGAGCCCUGCUGAUGAUGACGGCCAUGGAACCCACACAUCCUCAAUUGCUGCCGGUGUUCCUGUCCAUAACGCUAGUUUCUACGGCAUUGCCGAGGGGACAGCACGUGGUGGGGUCCCGUCUGCACGUAUCGCCAUGUACAAGGUGUGCUGGGGGGCUGGGUGCAAUGACAUAGACCUCCUGGCAGGAUUUGAUGAGGCCAUAGCUGAUGGGGUGGACUUGAUCUCGGUCUCAAUCGGUGGGCCCUCCAAGAACUAUUUUAAUGAUCCAAUCGCUAUUGGGUCAUUCCAUGCCAUGAGGGCCGGGAUUCUUACGACAUGCUCAGCAGGAAAUGGUGGUCCGGAUACAUUCACCGUGCAGAAUGUUGCACCCUGGGUCUUGACGGUUGGUGCUAGUAGCAUUGAUCGACAGUUCAAAGCAGCGGUUAGGUUGGGUAAUGGCGAUCGAUCUGUUGGGGUUGCCAUCAAUUCAUUCUCUUCAGGAAAGCGAAUGUUCCCUCUAACAAGCGGGAUACUCGCGGCCAAUUCGUCAAAUGCUCAGUAUGGAAACGCAAGUGCCUGUGACUAUGGGACUCUGAGUGCAGCCAAGGUGAAAGGGAAGGUCGUGUAUUGUCUCGACAAUGUGGGGCAAGAUCGCACGAUCAAGGAGUUAGGCGGGAUCGGGAUCAUUACCUCAAGUGACUUCACGACAGAUAUGGCUAUGACCACUGUUAUUCCGGGAACUACUGUCAGCUCAACGGACGGAAUGAAGAUAGACCAAUACAUUAGCUCAACAAAUGGACCUCAAGCGUCUAUAUCAAGGACAAGAAGUUUUAACGCAACUGCUCCCUCUGUUGCUUCAUUCUCGGCACGAGGACCCCAGUUGAUCAGUCGCAACAUCCUCAAGCCUGAUAUCUCGGCUCCUGGACUAGGCAUAUUAGCUGCAUACUCGAAGAUUCCAUCAGUGACUGGGGACCCAACUGAUCCUCGGCACUCCACAUUCAACAUACUAUCCGGAACAUCAAUGGCUUGCCCUCAUGCCGCAGCUGCUGCAGCCUAUGUUAAGAGCUUGCAUCCUGACUGGUCACCUGCGGCUAUCAGAUCUGCUCUCAUGACCACCGCCACUCCGAUGAAAAGCAGGGACAAGUUCGAGGAACUGAGCUCAGGAUCAGGCCAAAUAAAUCCCACCAAGGCAGCAGAUCCAGGUCUGGUUUAUGACAUCGGCAUGAAAAAUUAUAUCCGCCACCUGUGUACUGAGGGCUACAAUGACACCAUGAUCGGUCUGCUCAUGGGUGGCAAGACGAAAUUCAACUGCUCCACCCUGACGCCUGCCCACGGGGUAGACUGCAUCAACUACCCUUCGAUGCACAUGCAACUCAAGAACACAGACAAGGUCUAUGGUGUCUUCUUCCGAACCGUGACCAAUGUUGGGUCCAGUAAAUCUGUCUACGAGGCUACUGUGACACCCCCGGAAGGCAUCUCUGUCAAAGUAAUCCCCAGCACACUAACGUUUGAUCAGCCGCGUCAGAAACGAUCAUUCAAGGUUUUGGUGGAGGGCGUAAACAAACACAGCCGCACACAGAUACUGCCGGGAUCAAUAGUGUGGAGCGACUCCGUACACGUUGUCAGGAGUCCGAUGUUAAUUUACAUCGGCAGAUACUCACUUGGGCCGGGACUUUCUUAAUUCCAUUGUUUAUAGUGUAGGAAGCAGUGUCUUAACGUUGUAGUUUGGCUCAAAAGUUAUUUCGAGUCAACUGCAGUACUUGUUUCGUUUUAGCAUGCCUUGUGAGCAAGAAAUCUACAUCAACCAAUUUCCUACUCUGUGAAUUGGAAAAGAAGCAAAACUAGCAAUCUGAUCGGUCAGUGCGUCAGUCCCACCGUCAGCAAAACAGUUGCUCUGAACAGAUGAAUGCUCUUGGUUUGAUGGAUUAAGGUUCCGAAUAUUAUACCA